AUGGCAGAAAAAGACGCCAUCCUCGUCGUUGCCCCGGCAGGCGACCUUGUACUGGACGUGAGCCAGGCAGAAGGAGCCCCUCGAUUCUCCUAUCGCGUCGAUUCGAAAGCGCUGCGAGGAAGCUCGCGAUACUUUGAGAACCUACUCAGCGAACGCUUCAGUGAAGGGGAACAAUUGUCAGCUGCGCUCGCAGCCUUGAAACUAGCCGGGCACUCAAACCUCGCAGAUGCACCCGUCGAUGCCUUACCUCGAAUAUCCAUCGUUGACGUCGGCAGAACGAGCGCUUCAACCAUACAAAAUCUGCUCGCCGACUUCCUGCGUGCUGUUCAUGGGGAGGAUCUUUCCGUUGCCGCGCCUCCCGUUCCAAAUCUGGCCAACCUCGCUGUUGUCGCCGAUCGAUUUGAUGCAACCGAGACGCUCUCGCGAUAUGUGCGAAGGAAAAGAUAUGGGGCAUUGCUGGAUGCAAAGUCAGCCAAGGGACGGAUAAGCAUAGGCAUGACAGAGGAGCGCGUACGACAGAAACUGCUGGUUGGGUUGUUGUUCGACCACGCGCCUUGGGUUACGCGGUACUCGAAACAUUUGAUUCUGCGGGAUUCGUCACAGUGGCAGCCAGGCGUUGAGGAGGACCAUACCAGACCUUUGUGGUGGAAUCUGCCUAAUGGAGUCGAAGACGAGCUAAUACAGCGACGAGAGUAUAUCCUGGAAACGAUAAACUCGCUACAAUCGCAUUUCCUUAGGCUGUACACUUCUGGCGAGCGGCAAUGCAAGCUGGGCUACGACACAUCCAUACAAUGCGACUCCUUCCAGCUCGGCGAAAUGGUACGCUUCUUCACCAGGCUAGGCACCCUACGAUUACAAGGUACCAUUUACGACAACACCGAACCGACGUAUCAUAGUGGAGACAUUGAACGAUUGUUGGAGUCGCUGCGCCAAUGCUCGUCAUACCAAGUCGACCGAAAUCAUGCCCAUUGCGGGCUACGAACGAGGAUUCUUCCUCUUGUUGAUUUGAUACAGAAUCAACUGUGUUUAGACACGACCAGUCUCGACAUUGGUCUAUGCCUUGAAUGUUGGAACAAUCACCGAGAUACGUACGCCUGGUCAGAGGCGAAGAGACCGGUAUUGUGGGCUCAACCCAGGUCUUUGACCGGUAACCGAAUGCUCUCGAAGGGACACCAACGAACGCCUAGCAGUUGCCUUCACAGGCAUAUAGUGGUCCGGGACCUGUUCAUGGCUACCGAAAGGGACUGGACAGCUAGGGACGCCUACUGA